AUGUCCACCUGGGCGUCGCCACGAGACUCUCAAGACGGGCCCAAAGAUGGUGCUUUCGACGUCGUGCCCGUCAUGCGGAAUUCAUGGGCUGAGAAUCGUGAGAAUUCUGUCCACAGUGUGAGGAGGCCGCAAAGUCUCUUGAGGGAAUUGGACCUUCGCUUCCAUCCAGAUCAGGAGCGAAAGUACAAGCAAGGUCUACAAGAAAAUCUGGUUGUUGGAGGAUUGGCUUGCAUUGGGUCUGCCACAGGUGCAACGCUCUUCGCGGUGGUUCCAACCUUCGUGCGUGAAGUGGCCAGAGAGGAGAAAGCCUUCGGAACUACCUUUGACGCACGCGCCUGGGUCUUCUUGGUAUGGGCAUUGAAUUUGCUUUUGAUGUUGAGCUACAUCCUCCUGAGCACCAUCCGUCUUUGCCGAGGUCGGCUUCAGAGCUGGAACUGGGAAGCCUUCUUUGUGGUGGUCGUCAGCAUCUUUCUCUUCUCCAUGGUUUUCGCCAAUUUUUGGCACCUACCUUUCAUCGUUGGAGAAGACCCUGUCGGACUCUGGGUACACGAUGCAAGAGGAUCGGACAUUUUCAUGCUGCUGGCCAUUGAUGGCAUCCUCACAAUGGUGGCGAUGUAUGUGCCAGUCCGGUCAUCUGUUCUUUGGAUUCCAUUUGUAUGCGCUGUGGUGCCGUUCUUUGUGAACACUCUCGUAUUCCAGAGUGUCUUCACCGACACUCACAUGAUUCUGUUCGCACUCUUGGGCCUGAGUGGAUUUGCUUACCAUGGAGCCUUGCGCAGAGAGAAAACGCAUCGACAAAAGUGGACUUUCGAACACAUGGUCGAAGAAGCAGAGGAAGUGAUGCGAGAGCAAGACAAUAAGAUUCAGGAGACGACAGCGCAAGUCAAAGGUCUUCGGGUGGUUGCAGAGGCCUUGUGCGAUGUCAUAGUGAAGCUGGACAGCAAGAAAUGCGUCGAUGGAGCCAACCCCCGGCAGGAUGCUUUCUUUGAGACAAAGCUCGAAGGGAGAUGUUUUGAGGACUUCUUGUCUGAGCAAGACAGGAGUCGCUUCAGCAAGUUGAUGUCAUCCAUUCAGGUAGGCUUCCCAGCGUGCAUGCCAGUGACGAUCCGGAAAAAGCACCUCACCUCGGAGGUGCACCUUCUUGCAGUGGAUACGGGGAUCACCAGGGAGCCCCGAUAUUUGAUUGGAAUGCGGAUUGAAGCGGAGCAUUUCACGGCUGUGGAAGAGGAAGUUGGCCGGGUGCACUCCGGGGAGUCAGCCGCAGUCAGAAGUUCCAGCGGAAUGCCGUGGGUGUCCAAACCUGUGAAAGUGGAUUUUGAGGAUGACGACAUCAGCUGCAAAACAUAUCCCAGACUCGCCACGACCAAUGUCCCGCUGGCAACGCCUGCGAGAUCAAGGGCGUUGUGUAUCAAGAAACUGCUCCCACGCUGGCAAGUUCCUCGCAACAUGAACUCUUGCUGCCAGGUGUGA